AUGUCGAGCUCCAUUACCUCUGCUCUGGCGUAUGCGACGACAGUCUCUACUCCCGCAAUUGCAAGCUCGAUUCCAGAAGAAGCUGCGAAAAAAGUACAUCAUGCCAAGGACGGCAAGGGCUUCAUCAAUCCAUGGGCAAGUUAUCGUGAAAUGAGCGUGUCGCAAAUCCUUCGAGGUUUAAUAUGGCGGCAUCUAAGCGGCAAAGCCAACAAUCCCGACACGACUCCGCCGACGGUGAAUGUGCGAAAACCCGAAUUUCUGCCAUCCCGGCAGCCACGGGAGCAGCAGGCUCCUAGUCUGCGCGCGACAUGGCUCGGACACGCAUGCUUCUAUGUCGAAUUCCCCAGCGGCUUCCGCGUCCUCUUCGAUCCUGUUUUUACAGCACGAUGCUCUCCCUUUUCCUUCUUUGGGCCGAAACGCUACACCGACGUGCCUUGUCAGAUUGAGGACAUCCCUACCAUCGACGCCGUUGUAAUCUCUCACAACCACUACGACCAUUUAUCCCACCCUACCAUCAUGAAGAUCAAGGAGCUGCAUCCUAACGUGCACUUCUUCGCGCCGCUCGGCAACAAAAAGUGGUUCCUAGACUGCGGUAUUACCAACGUUACCGAGCUCGACUGGUGGGAAUCGCGGGACAUUAGCCUCUCAGCUGUACCAUCCAAAGAUCAGUCAACGACGGCCAAACCCGCAGUCACCAAUCCAUUCUCUGACUCCCAGGGUACUUCCGCCCCUCCUCCGUCCGACAUCAAAGCCACAGUUGGCUGCCUGCCCUGCCAACAUACCAGUGCGCGCACACCUUUCGACAAGGCGCACACGCUGUGGUGCUCGUGGAGCGUCGAGAGCGGCGGCGCCAGAGUCUACUUUGGCGGCGACACCGGCUACCGGACUGUCCCCGAGCUGCCCAAGCAUGAGGACGAUUAUGGUCACGAACACGCCGACCUGCCGCACUGCCCCGCCUUUAAACAGAUUGGUGAAUUGCGCGGCCCUUUUGAUCUCGGCCUUAUCCCCAUUGGCGCCUACGAACCGCGAUACAUCAUGUCGCCCAUGCACGCAGACCCGGCUGACGCCGUCAACAUUUUCCGCGACACCAAAUGCCGCUCUGCGCUCGGCAUCCAUUGGGGCACCUGGGUCCUCACCGAAGAAGAUGUCCUCGAACCGCCGCGCCGUCUUCGCAAAGCCCUGGCUUCGCAUAAUCUCCCUGAGACCGGUGUCUUUGACGUCUGCGAAAUUGGCGAGAGUCGAGAAAUCAGUCUUGGCAAAGUCAAUUCCUGA